UUUGGGGUAGGAAAGUUAAGUAUAAUCUCAUAUUGGAAAGUCCAAACAUUUUCGUUGAUAAGAGGUGAUAUGGGAAAACUCCUGAAUUAUAUGAGUUUAAUCGGUGUUUAUAUUAAUUAGAUAUUCAUGAAUAUAUAUAUAUAUAUUAAUAUAUAUUAAAUUUCUGUACUUAAUGAAUUUAGUUACUAUAAACCAUAACCCCCAGCAACAAUGAGUUCAACUUCAAGUUUGCCUCAGUUUGUAGGUACGUCGUGCGGACACCAUGGAUCUUACACAUUUUAUAAAGCCUUUAAGUAUUUGAAGCACUGGAAAUACAAGGUUCUAACACUUGGGGAAUUCUUCUUUGUGAGGAUUCCGCCCGAUGAUGAUCCGUGUAUAGGCGAAUUGCAGUUGCUAUGGGAGGACAAAAACAGUGAUCAAAUGUUAUCAAGUAUGAGACUUUAUUUCCUUCCUGAGCAAACUCCUGAAGGAAGAAAACCGUAUCAUGGAGAGCACGAAGUCUUGGCAGCAUCAGAAAAGGUAAUUCUACGAUUGGAAGACUUGGUUCAGUGGAUUACUGAAGAAGUCGAUUGGUCUCACGGAUUAGUGGUAAAUUCCGGUGAUCCCAGUAGGUCUACAUCGCCGAUGACGUCACUGCACGUAGCGGGGGUUCCUAGUGAUCAUUUACAAAGUGAAAAUGGUGUUAAUUUAAAUGAAGUAUUUACUGAAAAUAUCUUGUGUUUGGAUGUAGCUCAUGUUCAAAAAGAAAAGGAAAUGAACCGUGGCGUUAACAAUGACAAAGAGUCCUCGAUUUUGGUCCUUUCUUAUGCCCGCUACUGUCGCUAUCGCGCCAUUUUGACGCGACUGAACGGCCUAAAUGACAAGUGGCUUAAAAACGCACUAGUGGUGGCCUUAGGAGGCGUCAGCUUGCCUAAUCGGAGAACAAAAGUCCUUUUCUGCCGAGACACGUUUGAUCACGAUGCUCUUGCGAACAAUGACUCUAACUGCGAUCAUUUAGCGCCCAAUCUGAAAGGCAGACCCCGGAAAAAGAAAGUUAAGAUAAAAAGACACAAUUCUCAGAGCAGCGAGUCCAAUGCUUCUGAUGAAGAAGGAGAUGCUAAGGUGAAGGCGGACCAUAAAGAAGAACAGGAGUUCUUGCAAAACCUUUUUAAGUUCAUGAAAGAAAGAAACACGCCCAUUCAUCGUGUUCCGCACCUUGGUUUCAAACAAAUAGACUUGUACUUGUUCUUCACUUGUGCCCAAAAGUUUGGAGGUUACGAAGAGAUAACAUCAAAAAAACUGUGGAAAAAUAUAUAUGAUGAACUUGGAGGGAAUCCAGGGAGUACUAGUGCUGCCACCUGUACACGAAGACAUUAUGAGCGGCUGCUUUUAUCAUUUGAAAGAUAUGUAAAAGGAACUGAAGACCCUUUGUCUUCAGCUGCUUUGUUUGGUAAGAAGAAGAAGAAAGAAGAAUCCGACCAAGCUUGCCGCACGGAAAAUUUUGAGAAUGGAAGUUAUGUUCUAGAAGAAGUAGAAACCUCUAGUCCUCCAGUGUUUGACAAUGACAGCUGUAUGUCAUCUGCAUCCUAUCACAGUGAGGCAGUGAAUCAGGAAGAAAGGCCAAAAAAUCACAAUGUUUGCAUUGAAAAUGAAGACUCUCUUCAGGAUAACACACGACUCAGUGAUCUUGAAAGGCAGGAACAAGAAUGGGAGUCAAGAAGAAGAAAAAAUCCCCAACAAAAGGGAAUGAGAGAUGACACACUUGUUGAAAAAGAAAAGAGAUGGAAUGAAAUCAGAAGAAGAAAUGCCUUGGAUCGUAAGGUGAGUAAACAGGUUCAACCAUCAAGAGCUGCAUCCAAAUCCAACUCAUUAGCAGACAGCAAGCUGUUUAAGGUAUCUUCUUUAAAUCCAGGUGACAACAAUGACCUUACAAGAUUAGCUUCAUCAUCAAGCCAGAGUGAGAUAAGCUUAAAUGGGCACCACUUAGAAAAACAAGAGAAUGCAAGCAGUGAAUCCGUCCCCCACCAGUCAUCCUUACUCCACCUCCAACACUUCACUACUAAGAUGAAGGAUAGAGUAGAAAACAGUUCAGAAAAACGUCUACCCAAGUACCCCAAAAUGGCACAAAUCCCCAGCAGCUGUAGAACAUCACAUUCUGGGACUGUUGCCAAAGUUGGUUCAUUAACUUCACCUUUGAAAUUUGAGUGCUCUACAGCAAGCACAGUGCAAGAACCAAAAUUGAUUUACAAAACAAGCAUCAUGUCCCCACUUUUCCUACGUAAAAGGUUUUUUUCUCGUGUUACUUCUGCUUCAACUAAUAGUAAUCCACAGCUUUCUUUGCUUCCACACCACCAUGUAAACCAAGGCUUAAGUCCAGAAGUUUCUUUAUCUGGUAGUAUCAUUGAAUCAGGGAAUCAAACUACUAGAGGUGGCCUACUUGGAGGAAAGGAAUCUUUGGAUCUACCCAUUUCUCGGCCAUCUGUGAUUCAUCAUACUGAGAAGGUAAGAUCACCUUCUCCAGAGCAGAGUAGUGGAUUUUCCCAACCAAUAUAUGAACGUGUUUCUCCAGUGUCUGAACCUGCAUCCCCUCUUCCAUUACAGGACUUUGGACCUGAUAUUUUCAGUAAAAAAGCAGAACAUGUGGCUCAGAAACUUCCUGAGUUCAUCAGCAGGCACUCACCAUUAACUCCAGCUACCGCAGUACCAUCUCCAGUUUCUUAUCAUCUGCCAUACAAAGCAAAUGACACAAUUUCACCACUGUCUUCAGCUUCCUCAACAAGUUUUUCAUUGUUGUCACCCUCAGCAUCUCUGACAGGAUCUUCAGCAUUCUUACCCUCAAAUUCGACAAGAGGAGCUUCCUCGUUGUUACCCUCAGAUUUAACAAAAAGAUACCCAAAGUUCUUUCCUACAACUUCAUCAUCAGGAUAUCCAAUGUCUGUGCCUUUAACCUUGGCAACAACAAGCUCUUUGAUGCCCUUAAGUUCUACCAGGUCACAUCAAACUCAACUGACAGUAGCAGGUGACAAUGCUGCAGCUAGUCAAAUUGUUUCUUACACAGGCCAUCCUAAUCUUCUUCCUAGAAAUACCAGGGUUGUUAGUAAUGAAGAAAAUAACACCCUUUCAGCUUUAAGCCAUGGUGCAUUACCUCUUAAUGUUCAGUAUUAUAACACACAUUCCUCCACUUCAGAUCUUCAAUGUGAACUUACCAAGACAAGAUUAACUUACCUCAGUGAGUCCUUUGCUCAUCAACCAGAGGGCAGCCAUGCUCAUCAUGAACCCAUCUCACCAGUGACCUCGACACCAUCACCACCAUUAGAUCCUAAUCAGCAUCCAAGCCAUGCUGGACUCUCUGAAGUUCUCCUUACAUGCUUAGGUGUUGAUACCUGUCAGGCUCUGGACCUAACUGUUAAAAAGAAUUCCUCAGCGCUAAAGCAAGAUCCAUCAACUGCAAGAGUCCAGGAACACAAAAAGGAGGUAGUUCCUAUUGAACUAGAAGGCUGUUUGGAUCUCUCAGUCAGAAAAAAGAAACAAGCAAUGGAUAUGGUAACAGAACUAUUUUUGUCACCAGUGAACUUAAAUAGUUUAGAGAAAACCUCACCACCAGCUCACACAAACUCCAUUUUACGGCCUGACAUCUGCCAGUCACAUAUAGUAAAUGAAGUUCCCACACAGGGCCGUACCUUACAUUUAAAUGGUAAAGUCCCCAUACAGACACACAUACCACGUGUAAACAGUAAAGUCCCCAUACAAGCACACAUACCAUGUGUAAACAGUAAAGUCCCCACGCAGGCACACAUACCAUGUGUAAACAGUAAAGUCCCCACGCAGGCACACAUACCAUGUGUAAACAGUAAAGUCCCCACGCAGGCACACAUACCAUGUGUAAACAGUAAAGUCCCCACGCAGGCACACAUACCAUGUGUAAACAGUAAAGUCCCCACGCAGGCACACAUACCAUGUGUAAACAGUAAAGUCCCCACGCAGGCACACAUGCCUUGUGUAAACAGUAAAGUCCCCACGCAGGCACACAUGCCUUGUGUAAACAGUAAAGUCCCCACGCAGGCACACAUACCAUGUGUAAACAGUAAAGUCCCCACGCAGGCACACAUACCAUGUGUAAACAGUAAAGUCCCCACGCAGGCACACAUACCAUGUGUAAACAGUAAAGUCCCCACGCAGGCACACAUGCCUUGUGUAAACAGUAAAGUCCCCACGCAGGCACACAUGCCUUGUGUAAACAGUAAAGUCCCCACGCAGGCACACAUGCCAUAUGUAAACAGUAAAGUCCCUACACAGAUGCACGUGCCACACAUAAAAAGUAAAGUCCCCACACAGACACACGUAAAUAGUAAAGUUCCCACACAGGCACACAUGCCACACCUAAACAAUAAAGUCUCAAUACGGGCACACAUGCCACACCUAAACAAUAAAAUUCCCAUACAGGCACACAUACCAUGCCCUAACAAUAGAGAUAAAACCCACACACAGCUUCAUGCAACUCACGCAAACAGUAAUGUUCCUUUGCAUGUGUGUAGCCAAAACACUAGACAUUCAUUUGACCAGGAACAACCUGUAAUGAAACCACAGACUAUUAACAAAGCCACAAUAAGCUCCUCUUCAACUUCAAAGGAAUCCUUUCUUGCAUCAGACUCUUCAAAGAAAACAGCAUAUGUGACAGAAUAUAACCCCCAACUACCACGAUUUGUCAAUCCUUCUAUAAUCUCCUGUCCCUCCCCAUUGUUGGGCCAGCAGCAUAUGAUUUCUUUAGAAGCACUCCAGUCCAGUGUAGCAGUUUGUAAGGAUAUCAUUGGUCGAGACAUUUUCAGUACCUUCCCUCAGUUUUACCCUCAAUUUUACAAAAGUCCUAAUACACCAUGAGGCUGUUUACAGCAGGUUCCUUAUAUAGUCGGAAAAACCAUUUAUUGUUUACUUUAUUGACACUGAACAACAUUGUUUACUGUAUGUGUUUAAUAUGUUUAUCGAAGCAUUAAAGGUUUUUUUUUUUUGCUUUUUUUUUACACAUUUUGUAUAUGUUUGUGUUUAUGUAUAUAAAUAUGUAUGUAAAUAUUAUGAAUUUACCAAAGUUUAUCCAACGUGAAAUGAACUGAUGAUUAUUUUAAACCAAAUUUGAUGUCAUAGAAAUUGAGAAUUUAAUAAACAGUAUCUGUCAUGUGCAUCUAAUCAUCAUUGAUGGGAAAAAGUUAAAACUGGAUAGAAAUUUGAGUGACAUUUUAAAUUAACACCUGCAUGUAAUAAAUAUUGUAAGUAGUGGUUUUAUGAUUUUUUGUUAUUAAAAGAAUUACCAAGCAUAACCAUGGGCUGCUUCUAACGAUGUUUUUUGCAAUGAAUGAUGUUUCAGAUCAUACUGCAUUUUCUCGGUUAGAAAACAGUCUGUAGGAACUGUUAGCAUAACAAUGUGUGAAUUGUCAAACAAUCCAAUGAAACAAAAGUAUUUUGAUAGGUUAUCAAACUUCUCGGUAAAUAAAUUUACAUAAGUUAAAUAUCGCUGCUAUUAAGAAUGAUCUUACCAUAACUAAGGUGGCAUUUUAGCUUAAAUCUUUAUUGUAUUUCAAAAGAUAUUUGAAAGUCAUACAAGGUCUUUUUAAGGUGUGGCUAAAGAAAGUUCAUAUGGAGUAAAAUUUUGUUAAACAUUUUUUGAGUUGAUUUUUUUAAUAAAAAAAAUAUCAGUCUAGAAAUGGAAGUUUCUUUAACUUAGGGCAGGAGGAAGGCACAAAAAAAAAUAACCUUGCAAUCACUAAGUAUGAAAUACAUCAACUUAAAGCUAGGUGGUUGGUAUCGCCUCUUGGUAUGCUAGGUGGUGUGAGAUGUUGGAGAGGAAAUUGCAUUUAAUACAGGUUUUUUUUACUGUAAGAUACGGGUAUCCGCAGGGAGGGGGGGACACUUGCCACCCUGGGAAAAGGGAAACAUAAUUCUUUCCUUAUUCAUUCAGGGUAUGUAUAUGAAUUUACAAAAUUUGGAUUCACUUAUAAUACUGAAUUUUCUAUUCUAAUAAAAGAUGCUAGGUUUGUCGGAGCUUAACUUAAAAUCUCUACGUACCAAGAUGGGUAAAUUUUGUUGUCAUAACCUGGUCUAUCUAAGAAUUAAUUAUAAUAUUGUUUAAUUGCAUAAUAGCCAAAUCCAUACAUAACUUAUACAUCACAUUUAGUUGUGAGUAUCAUAAAGUGACCAGAUUUUCUGGAGUCCAAAGCGGGACACCUAACUGAUGAAUAAAAAAAAUUGGUUGCAUUGAAAAAAUUAAAACUUCUUUUCAUAAAAAAUGCACACCAUCUUAUUAUUAUCAUACUUUUUAUUGGAUAUUAUUUUCUUUAACAAAUCGGGAGUGCAUUUUGGAAACACGCAAUAUAAAAGUGACCUUCGUGAAAAAUACAUACCAUCUAAUCAUUACAAGUUUUAUUUGAAGAUAGUUACUUAAACAACCUAAGAUGUGUUGUAGUUAUAACAAUAUUACUAUUUACUGAACGUUAAUAUACAGCAUUUCAAUUAUUUUGUAGUAUAAAGGUCAAUGGCUAAUGCCUAACGGUAUUUUAAGAGACAAUAAACAGGCUAAUUUCAUAUGUGAUUAUCUACGUUGUGGAAUAUUAAUAUAUGAAAGUUAAGGAUAUUGUAAGAUGACAGAACAAAUCUUGUGUGCAGUCAUAGUACAGUAGUGCUUACCGGUAUUAAUUUUGAUAAUGGGGGACAUUUUCUCCUCCCCUAAAGUUUCUGGGGGACAGUCAGCUUGAAAACGGGGCUCUGGACAUCUGGUCACAUCGUAGUAUCGGCAUUAGCGAGAUUAACAUUUUAGUUUCACGUGAUAACUUGUAAGUUUGCAUUCCUGUAUGUAAUUAUGGUAUAUUUUCAUCAAACAAAUUAUGUAAUUCAUGAUCACACUUGUCUUUGAGGACCGACAAAUUGUAUGAAUGUGAUUCUAUUGUAAUGAAAUUCACCAGAAACACAUUUGGUACUGGUUUUGUUAUGCAAUACUCUGACCUUAUCAUACAUCAUAUUCAAUAGCAAAAAACCACAUGUUGUGACUUUAGUUUUAAAAAAGGCUUUUUAUUUACGUUUUUUUGUAAUAUAAAAGUGUAGAUUAAGGUCUAUUAGCCUUAAAUGUUGUGUUUACCACACACACAAUAUAUGUGCUAUUGAAAUGUGCUUUAUGUAACCUCAAAUUUCUGUACUCGUAUAAACAGUUGUUUUAUAUAAGGUGAAAUUACCCAGUAGGGCUAAGAACCUAAAAGAACAAAUCAAAAUUUGUAUAUAUAUCUACAAGUAUGGCUUAAACUAACCUUACAAAUAUUAAACCCAUCAAAUCUGACUGUGGGAGCUUGCCUGUUCUCUUGGCUGUAAUGUCAAAACUUUGAAGAUGGGUCCAUUGUCCCUUGAUUUUAAAUUCGUCACACACACACACACCCAGAAAAAUUCCUGCGGAUGCCCAUGACUGGAUAUAAAAUUGGUUAUGUUUAAGUAACAAACCAUUUUUAAAUGUGUUACAUAUUACAAAUAUGGUAUACUUACAAAUCAAACCCAUCUACCAAGAGUGUUUUUAUUUUAUUGUAGUUACUUAAGCUGCAUUGUUACAUCCUGGAAUAUUUCAUUCUAUAAAUGUUUCAUUCAGAUUACCAAAAGAAAUAUAAGCUAUUGAUGGUUUCAGGAAUAUGAACCUUUUAUGUAUAUAUAUAUGUUUAUACAAUAUUUGUUCAGCUCUAUAUCAAUUGCUGGUACAAAUCAAGACUGAUAGUGUUACCCUUUACAUCGUUUCAGCCGCAACAUCUAAGGUGUGUUUUUUUUUUAAACCAUUAAUAUGUUAAUAAACCUGGUUUAAGAAGUUGA